AUGCCACACAGAACAUUCUGCGGCCUUGACUGGACUACAGAAUCACAGAGCAUCUUCUUUGCUUUUGUAAUGUGACCCCUCUGUUUUGCAAGCUGCCCUCUGUUGAUCUUGUGUACUAUUAACCAGGAUAUUUUUCUAGCCUCUCUGCUAGCUACAGACUUCUACGAGCAGUUGCUAACCAUGCGGCUGAUCAGAGAUUCUCUAAUUUUGCAGGUUUUGAUCCUUGCGGCUGUUCAGUUUUGCCGGUCUGAGAAAGUGUUCCUCAACACACGGGAUGCAUUCUCCAUGUUGAAACGAACCCGGCGAGCCAAUAGUUUCUUGGAAGAGACAAAGUCAGGAAAUUUGGAACGAGAAUGUAUUUCAGAAUAUUGUGACUUUGAGGAGGCUCGUGAAGUGUUUGAGAAUGAUGAGCUAACAGAUACAUUUUGGAAAAAUUAUAAUGAUUGCAUUGGAGAUAAAACAGGCAAUUCCCCUCCAGCAUACCUGAAAGAAUGCUUGGCUGAUAAUUGUUAUCAAGAAAUCGGCUCUAAUUAUAAGGGCAAUGUUUCAAUAACGAUAUCUGGACGGGAGUGUCAGAGCUGGUCAAGAAAUUAUCCACAUAAACCAGAGUAUAAUCCAGUGACACACAACGAAUCUGACCUCGUAAAUAACUACUGCCGGAAUCCAAAUGACAGCCUGAGAGGACCGUGGUGCUACACUAAAGACCCAACUGUUAAAAUAGAAGCCUGUUACGUUCCUCGAUGUGGUGAAACGUUGCCACCAUUGCCAGUUCAACCACCAAAACAAAAGCCAUCUGCUCCUUGUGUUCCAAGUCAAGGAUUAUUCUACCACGGAACAUUGAAUGUAACCAGAAGUGGAAAGGUUUGCCAAGCUUGGAGCUCACAAUAUCCUCACAGGCACAAUUUUACCACAGAGAAUUUUCCCACAGCAGAACUGGAAGAAAACUACUGCAGGAAUCCAGACCAUGAUGAAGAUGGUACCUGGUGUCAUACUAACGACCCAAGGACAGAAACAGAAUACUGUGAACUCGACUAUUGCGAUGAUCUCUGGAAUCCAUUUGAACGGCCAACACUGGAUCAAAUAGAGAAAGAGGAUACAUUUGCUGGUCGAACAAUUAAGACUGAGUUUGAGCCCUCAUUCAAUCCAAAAUAUUUUGGUAAAGGAGAGAGCGAGUGUGGACUCAGGCCAUUGUUUGAGCGCAUAAACAAAGAGGAUUCACAGGAAAGGUCGUUGCUGGAAUCCAUGAAAAGCCGGAUUGUGAAUGGAGAGAAUGCUGAAGAAGGAAGUGCACCAUGGCAAGUGAUGCUCUUCCAAAAAAGUCCCCAACAACUGCUUUGUGGAGGAAGUCUAUUGAGUGACCAAUGGGUUAUUACUGCUGCACAUUGCAUCCUCUAUCCACCAUGGAAUAAGAACUUCUCAGCCACUGAUCUAGUUGUUCGUCUUGGAAAGCAUGUUCGAGCCAAAUAUGAGGAAGAUAGAGAGAAAAUCUUGAAGAUUGACAAAAUCCUUGUGCAUUCAAGAUAUGACUGGAUGAGGAACCUUAAUCGUGACAUUGCUUUGUUGCAUUUGUCAAAACCUGUUCCUUUCACUAAGUAUAUUGCACCCGUCUGUAUACCAUCCAGGAAAGUUGCCUCAAGUUUGCUACGCACUCAGCACAAAGGUCGGGUCACAGGUUGGGGAAAUCUGGCUGAAUCCUUUGUGAAUACUGGUUCCAUUAAACCUCUCGUGCUACAGCAGAUCCAGCUUCCUGUCGUUGAUCAUGACGUCUGCAAGGCAUCUACCAGCAUUAAAGUGACACUCAACAUGUUCUGUGCUGGUUUUAGUGAAGAUGAGAAAGAGCAUGGAGAUGCUUGUGAGGGAGACAGUGGUGGUCCUUUUGUAAUGAAGAAUCCCGAAGAUAAUCGGUGGUACCUGAUGGGAAUAGUUUCUUGGGGAGAAGGAUGUGACAGAAAAGGGAAAUAUGGAUUUUACACUCAUGUAUUCAGGUUAAAGCAGUGGAUCAAGAAGAAUCUGAUGAACUAUAUUGCUUCCCGUUAAAGAUUGCAAUGUUCGACUUUGAUGAUAUGGCUACUUUUUGAUUUUCUCUGGAAAAUCAAGACCAUCAAAGACAAUUUUUUUUAAUGAAUCUAUCAUUCUGUCAAUGGAAUUACUUUUAGAUGUGUUUGAAAUAAAACAAAUUAAUAACAAAUAA